AUGGCGACAGCGACUCUCCCAGCGCUUCCAUCAUCGCGGCAGGCCAUCGUGCAGUCGGCCAACCCCGGGUCCUUUGAGCUGUGCACCACUCUACCCAUGCCGGACGUCUCGCCCGACCAUGUCCUCAUCAAGGUGACCGCAGUGGCGGUGAACCACUGCGACUACAAAAUGCCGGCGCGCGUCCCCUGUCCUGGCACGGCCAACGGCUGCGACUUUGCCGGCACCGUCGUGCGCCUCGGCGAGUCCGUAGCUCGCACGCCGGGGGGGCUGCGGAUUGGCGACCGCGUUGCCGGGGCCCAGAUGGGGAACCAGCGACGCCAGCCCUGGUCGGGUGCCUUCACCGAUUACAUUGCUGAGAAGCCCGAGAACAUGUGGCGCGUGCCCGAGCACCUCUCCUUGGAAGAAGCGGCUUCGAUAGGCUGUGCCGUGACUAGCAGCGUGGGGAUGGCGCUCUGGUGGGUGAUGAAGCUGCCCGGGACGCCCGAGAAGCCCACCGCGGACCCCAAGUUCUUUCUUGUCUAUGGGGGCUCCACUGCCAGCGGUACCCUUGCCAUCCAAUUACUGAAGCUGUCGGGCUACCGAGUCGUCACGACCUGCUCCCCAAAGAACUUCAAGCUUGUCGAAGAGUACGGUGCCGAGAAGGCGUUUGAUUAUCGCUCGCCGACGUGUGGCGAGGACAUACGGGCAUACACCAAGAACACGCUGGAAAACGCGCUGGACAUCAUCACGGAAGCGCGAACCAUCCGCCACUGCUACGCGGCCAUCGGGCGUGGUGGCGGCAGAUACGUUGGCUUCGAGCUCCUGCCCGAGGACCUGAUGGCCACGAUGCGGAAGGCCGUCAAGGCUGAGUGGGUCAUGGGGCUCGAGGUGACCGGGGUGGAAUUGGAACUACCGGGAGGGUAUUAUCGCAAGGAAAACCCCGAGCUGCACGCCUGGCUUCAUGGGUGGAUCAGACGCUUCUCCGCCUUGUACGAGACGGGAAGAUUAAAACCACAUCCCAUACAGGUGAAUCAGGGCGGACUGGCAAAGGUGAUUGAUGGCAUCGGCGCUUUGUCGCGCAAGGAGGUCUCGGCCCAGAAGCUGGUGUAUCCCCUUUCCCAGUGCUUGCAUCGGGAAAUCAAGGUAUCCGAUCCUCGCGGCGAGUCCCACCUCGAGCCAUCACGAAUGGAUACCAACAUGUUCAAGCCGGCAGUCAGGCGUUCUGCCUGCGACCAGUGCAGAGCGAGGCGAGUGCAGUGCCUUCGCGCCCAAAACAGCACGGCGCCGUGCGCCCGCUGCUCCCACAUCGGUGCUCGAUGCGUGAUAAGCGCCCCCGGCCAUCCCGGACGACCGCGCAAGCCGCGUCUCGUCGACGGCAGCACCCCGCCGCCUAGAGGCCCCGCGCCGAGCCCCGCUGACGUCUCCUCGCCCGGGCGGUAUCGCACGUCGUCGUCGACAUUGCGAGACGCGAACUAUAUCGAGGUCCAUGCCCCUGCCACUGCCAUGGCGGGGGAGCCCGCGUCGGCCGGCGCGCCUGCAAGAUCGUGCAGGACGACAGACAGACACACGUCGUGGGACCGGCUGGAUGGCAUCGCAGAGUCGGACCUCGCGGCUUCCAAGUCCACCGUGCAUCCGCCAAGGGACCCGUUGGCUCACGGGCCACAGGCAGCAGACUUCUGGGCAACGCCGGGCGACAGCUCCGCUUACUCUUACUCCCCAUCGACCGAGCAAAGCCCUGCGCCGGGCGAAGACAUCCUCGCACUGGUGGAUCAGCUGAGCAAUCCAUCACAACUUCAGGGGCUACUGAGUGCGGAUGAUGAGCUCAGCGCGAUGCUCCACAUGGACCGGGACUACUCUAGCACUGCGCUCGACAUGGAUGUUGAUCCGCUCCUCCUUGAUCCGUGGAAGGGCGGCGUGCUCCCCCCGACUCCCCUACCACAAUUCCCAAGCCCGGCAAGCUCGCUGAUGCGGUUCCGAGAGGAAAUGGACCAGCGAAUUACGACCAUGGACGCAUACUACUCGGACCCCCUCGAAGUUGUGCAGGGCUGCAAAGAGGAGGGCGCGGGCCGGGAGCCCGAGAAUCCGGCUGCGGUCCUCCUUACGUGCAGCAAAGAGUUCAUCGACAUCAUCCAGAGCUUGACGCCGGCUGUUCGGACGCACAAGCAGAGCGAGGAUGCGCUUAGCACGGAGAUGGUGCUCCUGGCUUUGUCGAGCUACCUAUCCUUGAUGAGGCUCUUCGACGCCAUGUUCCACACCAUCCACAAAUUCAUCUCCCAGAUGCCGCCGGACUCGUUCAAGUCCGUCAAGGUCAAGUCGGUGCUCCGCAUCGGCGGCAUCUCUUCGCUCCAGGAUAUGCCGCUCAAGACAUACGCCACGGGCAUCCUCGAUGCCAUCCAGGGCCAGGUGCGGACUCUGGAGCGCUGCAUGGGGAUUCCGACCGAAUACUGUCUCUCGGGCGAGGCGGCUGCUGCCUCACCCGCGGCGGCCGCCCCGGGGAUAUUGUCCCGUGCGGAUCGAGCAUUGUUGUUUUCGGCUGUUUUGGCACAGGAGGAUGUCAAGUCACGACAGGGAAGCAAGUCGUACGUAGAGUCGAUACGAGCCAGCAUCCAGGAGUCGAUGAGAUUUCUCGAUGACUAG